UGGUGAUACUAUACUCCUUACCGCGUAAGAUAGGCUACGUAUACAAGACCUUUGGGUACCAUGAAGCAACUUCGAAAAUAAAUUUCGUGUCGUAAUCCAAUCAUCCGCUGAUAAGAAGAACAUUUAUAUGCUGAAGCAAUUGAUACGAUGUGGGCAGUCUACUGUGAGAAAUGGCCACAGCAAACGAAGUCGAAGAUUUCGUCACUUGUGGAGUUUGUUUCUACCAAUUCGAUGAUUUCGACAGGAAGCCCAAAUUUCUCCCAUGCGCUCACACAGUAUGCCUUUCGUGUUUAAAGGAAAUGCGUAAAGGACACCUGAUUACUUGCCCAUUUUGUCGCGAAAUGAUCCUCAGCUUGGACGUCGCCGGUUUACCCAACAACCCGUACGCUCUCCACAUGCUCAAAUUCAAAGAGAAGAAAGAGCCAAAAAACAUUGUUACACUUAUGGAAGUCAGCUGGUGUUCGACCUGUGAAUCGGCAGAGAAACCAGGAUGUACUCCAUCUGGUCACUCUUCUGUCAACAUGACGGCCGACACGAUCAAGAACUUGGAAUCCCUUCUAAAAUUCAAAGAAGAACUUUUGAAAAUGAAAGACAUUGGGACGAACAAAUUGGCCAUGGCGAUACAAGAACGGAAAAAAGUACAAGCGCAACUUGCUCUGAUCAAGAAAUUCGUCCAGAGUUCAGAGGAAGAAGUAAAUAAACUCCAAGACGAAAACAACCUGCGCUUGGCUGAAUGGAUUUCGAUAUUGGAAGGAAGUGGAUCAAAAGAUUGUGCCCAGGAUGGUCAACCGAAGAAAGAAUUGUUCUUUUCAGAAUUGAUGUCGUUGGUUGAUGGUUCGACCGAAGAAGAUACAACAGAGACCUUGAAAGAGAAGAUGGAAAAAUUGAUCGAGCUGUAUGAGCGAAAUUAUUGUGAAGCAAACGCAAUAGCUUCAGAGUACGAACUCCGCCAGAAAUUGAAAAUAGCUGUCCAUCUGUACGAUGAAAACGACAGGCAAAUUCCAACGGUUCCUUGGUUGGAAGAAGGAUUCCGUUUCCAACCGCUCUGUCCAGCUUUGAAAGGAUCUCAAGUCCGACAAGAUUCCCAGUUGCUCUCGCAUGCCGUUUUUUCAUUACUAGAAAGGCAGAAGAUUUCAUUGAAAAAUGAGCUGCGACCAAAAACGACCAGUGCUGCUAUUUCUCCAGCGUCAUCUCCAUCCGCAUUGAAAAACGAACACCAGAAACGUACCACAGUAGCUGCUAAAUUAUUGAGCGUAUCUCUGCCACCCUCUAUACCAGCAAAUACGAAAUUCGUCUUGGGGCAGUCGUCUGUUUUUAUUCUGCGAUGGUUUCAGUCUGGUUCUCUAAAGGGUGAAAUUUUUAUUCGUCCCGUGCCCACAUUUCACUUGGAUUUUGUUCAGAAAUUGGGCGAGUUCUGUUACAAAUCUCCAAAGGUUUUUUGUAAUAGGGUCAAUCAGGAUAAGUUUGGAGCGUUUGUCUUAUUUCCAAUGGGACAUCUGCAAUUCCAGCCUGUAAUUCCCAGUAUGAUCGGCCCUGCUAAUCAGAGAUCCCACUGCAACCCAAAAGCGGAAAACGUCGAUGAGGUCGGUGUCAACAAUUUGAUUCUGUCGUCCGACGUUAAUAACAACGCCAUCACCGGAUGGAGCUUCGUAUUCCCGUUUGCACAUUUCCGAAACCCAAAGUACGAAAUGCACGUGAAAAAUGUAUCUUCCAACGAGCUCUUUGGUCGUGUGGCGUCCCUCUGCUCGGGAUUGGAACCUGCUCAUUUACAUGAGAACUACGUCAUAACUAUGGAAUCCCAGUAAGGUAUGAUUCCUAAUUUACGAGUUUUUAAUGCUGUAGUGUUUCAAAUUGGAAUGUGGACUGUAUACGCCAGUGUGUGAAACUAGUUCCGGCAUAAUACAGUCGCAAUUUCAUUUCA